AUGGACGCGUGUGAAUCGGCACAUCGCAAGGUGAAGGCGGGUAGCACGCGAGCAGGAAUGAGGGAAGCAACGAAAAAAGGCUGGCAGCAGUUGGACUGGAGCGAUUGUUCUGAUUACGGCGGCAAGUUAGUCUGCACGGGCGGCUACAAUACGGAUGACGGGAACCUUCAGUGCCAUUACUUUGCCACUCCGUGGGUAUACGAUCUUCCUACUGUCUGGGAGUUGAUUGUUCGUUACCUGAAGCCUACUCAGUGCUCGUACCAGUGUAACGACGAAGACGAGCACGAAAAGCUGCUGACUGUUCGCCGUGGAGUCGAGAUUGCGAGUUCGAUUCCCGGCGUUGACUUGGACAGUGCCAGUGCACAGGAAUUGUAUACACUCGGAAAGGCUGUUCCGCUACAUCUCGAGUACAAGGACACCGGUAAUAUGCGUGUAGCCUGCGACAGCUACAGUCCGCACCUGGUGACAUGCGAUGAGUCGACUUGUUGGAGUAAUGUCCAAACUCCGUCGGGCAAUGUCAUGAACUGGGGCUAUGUUACUGGCUUCCACGAUGGCCCGCCCCUGCCGCUGUGCUAUAGCGGGGCAAUACGCGAAGGCUACGAGAUAAAUGACUGGUUAUGCGAGUGUUAUGAAGUGGACAGCGGCUGGGAAGAAAAUGUUCAGCAAGCCUGGAAUGAGAUCGUCCAUGCCAGGCAGAUGUCUGACCAUUAA